AUGGCAGAUGAGAUCACAUAUGCAGACGUGGUGAUGCUGCCACGGGAAAGGCAGCAGCUUCCUGCUCGGGCAUCGGUUCCAGGAAACGCCAUCACUUACGCUGAGCUGCCUGUGAAGCUGAAACCCAAAGGGAGCUGCAGUCCAGAGACCUCCACCUCUGGCUGCCAGCACAGGCACUCAGUCUGGUUCUACACAGCAGUGGCCCUGGGAGUCCUUGUGCUCGUCCUGCUAAGCAUCAUAGUCAUGCUAGCCAAGCCAUUUUUGAAGGGCAGAGCUGGAAAAUCAGAAAGCUUGUCCCAGCAUGGUGUAAACAGCAGUGGCAACCAUAUUUUGCCUGAGAAGACUGUCUCAGUGGUGCUUCUGAAAUGGCUCAUGGAGGAACUGUGUGAAGAUGGGCAGGAAACAACAUGUGAGCUGUGUCCACCUGGGUGGCAACUCCACAGAGGCAGAUGUUACUACUUCUCUGAGGAGGCUGUGAGCUGGGAUGACAGCCAGAGAAACUGCUUGGCCAGGAAAUCCCAGCUUCUUGUCUUUGAAGAUGAAACUGAGAUGGAAUUUAUAGACAACAAAGAGAAAGAUACCAAAUACAUCUGGAUUGGGUCAAAGAUGCAGGACAUGAAAACACAAUGGAGUUCAGCUGCAGAUCCCAGAGCCAAAGGAAACAGCAUAGCUGAAAAUAGAGAGGAGACUGAGAACUGUGCCGUUUACAGAAGAAAGGACAUGAUCCAAGAGGAUAACUGCCAGACUCUAAAGAAGUGGAUCUGCAAGAAGAAUGCAACUUUAUUGAUGCUCUGA